AUGUCAUCCGCAGAAGACGAGUACAACGAGCACGAUAAUGCCUCAACCUUACCUGGUUCCAAAAAACGACGAGUGCAAAGGGCGUGUGACAUAUGUAGACGCAAGAAGAGCGAUGGAAGUCAGAUGCCAGGGAACCGAUGUUCCAAUUGCAUUGCGUAUAAUUUUGAAUGUACGUACGUAGAGGCCGCAAAGAAACGAGGUCCCCCAAAGGGGUAUGUCGAGAGCCUGGAGAAUCGUUUGGAGAAGAUGGAGAAGCUUCUGAAAAAGGUCUGCCCUGACGCCGACUUCUCUCAGGAGCUCGGAGGCGGACCCUUGGACAGGGAGACCUGGCAAAAAGGCAAUAUGAAUGGCUCAACCAGCCAUGUCAUGAGCCCUUAUGCUACCACUCCUCUCGAAGAUCUCGUAACCAGUGAUGAUGACGAUAUAGUAUCCGUCCGCCUCGCUGAUCACAUGCAGAACAUGUCUAUCAAUCCAAAUUUAUCCCGUUUCUUUGGAAAAUCCAGCGGUGUGACGCUAAUCCAGAAAGCUAUCGACCUCAAAAAGGAGUACACUGGCGAUGAAGAUAUCCUACCUGACUUUAGGCAACACAAAGGUCGCCCUGAGUUUCGUGGAACCUUCCCUUGGGAGCUGGGCGCAAAGGAUGUUGUUGAGGCGAUCUAUAACUUUCCUCAGGAAGAUCUUGCUACCUCCCUUGUCGAUCUCUAUUUCACGCACUGUAAUGUUCUGAGUCCCCUGCUACACCGGCCAACCUUUGAGCGCAAGGUGGCACAGGGGCACCACCACCGAGACAUGACAUUUGGGGCGGUGUAUUUAUUGGUCCUUGCCGUGGGCUCGCGCUUCUCUGACGAUCGCCGCGUCUGUUUGGAAGGCCAGAGCGAACAUUCGUCGGGAUGGAAGUUUUUUGAACAGGUGCAGAUGGUCAGGAAGACCUUGCUUGGGCCACCACGUCUGGAGGACCUCCAAGUACAUUGUCUAUCUGUGAUCUACUUGAUGGGGACUUCGGCUCCGCAGGCAUGUUGGACCAUCGUUGGAAUUGGUAUACGUCUUGCGCAGGAUGUUGGUGCCCAUCGCCGCAAGGCUUACGGCCAUAAACCCACUGUCGAAGAGGAGCUUUGGAAACGUGCAUUCUGGGUUCUCAUCUGCCUAGACCGAUUGGUGAGCUCAUCGUUGGGACGACCGUGUGCGAUACAGGAUGAAGACUUCGAUCUUGACAUGCCUCUUGAAUGUGAUGACGACUACUGGGAACACCCGGACCCGGACCAAGUGUUCAAGCAACCUCCUGGCAAACCUUCUCUGAUAUCGUACUUUGUCAAUAUACUGAAGCUUGACCACAUACUCGCAUUUGCUCUUCGUACUAUCUAUUCGAUCAACAAGCUGAAAAUACUGCUUGGCUUCGUUGGGCAGCAGUGGGAGCAGCAAAUAGUUGCAGAACUUGAUUCUGCGCUUAAUAGAUGGGUCGACGCUGUUCCUGAUCACCUCAGAUGGGACCCUAAUAUGGAAAUUAAUGACUUUUUCCUGCAGUCGUAUUCCCUCUAUUCCAGUUACUAUCAUGUCCAGAUUCUCAUCCACCGCCCAUUCAUUCCGUCACCCCGAAAACCAUCUCCUCUGUCUUUCCCUUCCUUGGCAAUCUGUACAAAUGCUGCUCGAUCUUGCAGCCACGUCAUGGAUAUAUUUCGAUGUCGAUCUGGUAAGCUGGUGCCUUAUUCGCAGGUAUGUCAAGGAAUUUCGAUCCCUUGUGUUCAGUACAUCAUGCCUGCGUUCACGGCAGGUAUUGUCUUGCUCCUGAAUAUCUGGGGUGGAAAACGUUCUGGACUAUACACUGAUCCUACGAAGGAGAUGACAGACGUGCACAAGUGCAUGGCCAUCCUGAAGUCGUGCGAAAAACGCUGGCACUCCGCUGGUCGUUUGUGGGAUAUCCUGUAUGAACUGGCAUCUGUCGGUGACCUUCCGCUGCCCCAGCCCAGUCCUCCUAGCAGAACGAAACGUGAACGUGAUUCAGAUAGUCCAAUAUCUGCCCCACCUACGACUUCACUAUCAGAGGUACCCCGCACCAUCGCGGGAUCGCGCCGCAUCAUACGCGAAGCAGCUGCACACACCCGCUCGAAGCCUGUGAGCUCAUUUGAUCUUCCACUCUACAGCAAUGAUCUUGGGCGCCUACCGCUCUAUGGACAAGUGAACUUUAGCUCGUCUGACAGUAAUAUGUGGUACUCUCACGGGGGUGGGAAUCCGGUGCAACCACACGCUACGCAGACUUCUAUACAAAAUAUGUCCCCGCCUCAAGAUUAUUCGCAGGCCACUGUUUCUGCCGCGUACAGCAUGGAUGAUAUGUUCUACGAGCAGAUGAGCCAGUAUCCGGCGCAAUAUCAAUCAGGGACCCCCGCUCCCUCGUCUUAUGACGGCGACCCUCAGGGGAUGCAGAGUAUGAUGGAUGGAACACAUCAGCAUAAUGUGCUUCCGCAUCCUGGAGCGAGCUGUAUGAACACGGACACGAUUGCUAUGUGGUCCAACGCUCCCACUGGUUUUGAGUAA